CGACAUUGAGUUGCCCUCAUUAUAAGAGUCAUUUUGGUAAGUUUAUAUCUCCAAAGUUUCGUGUGUGAAUGCAGAUAUACACUUAGUUCAAUAUUUCCUGGCGUAACCAAAGAUUUUUGCGUUGUUACGCUAUCUGGAAUUAUGCGCGAGAGCAUGGUCAAUCGAUAACAAUGAAGGGAAUCCGUAGUCGUAACAUUCAAUAGUUCUGUUAUGUCUUUCACAAAAGCAACAUAAUAGCUAAAGAACUGGGGUUUGCCUCUGUUUUUAUGCUGAGAAACUAUGGGGUUUUCUAAUUAGUCAAAUUGGACAAUAGAAAAUUAAGACGAGCGAUUAUAGAGAUUGGCACGUAUUGUCAGGCAGGGAUCAGAGGACUUAUCAAUUCAACAGCAUACAUCAUUCACGCUCUGAUUUCAUCCACUGGGGCUUCUAAAACCGCUCUUCCAACACCAUCAUCACCAUCCCUUAUGUCAGAUGCGUAGGUUCAGAAACACAAGACCUUUAGUGUUCAAGCAUUGUUUUCAAAACUAUGGACGAUCGAGUUGGGUCGUGGAGUGGGCAUGAAUAUGACGACAUCUUUAACCAUGUGAAGUCGUGUGGUCGAUAUCAGAUACUUUUGUAUGGCCUCAUUAGCCUCCAAGCAUUGCCCAUGGCAAGUCAGUUUGUCAGUCUCGUUUUCGCAACAGGAACUCCGGGCUUUCAUUGCGUGGCAGAUAAUGUCACCUGCCCUGCUAAGCAGUGCUGUGACGAAUGUACAUCGUACGUAUUUGAUGGGCCUUUUACAAGCACAGUCUCUGAGUGGAAACUUAUAUGUGAUCGCGCCUACCUGGGAGCUACUAUUAAUUCCUGCUUUUUUGCUGGGAUGUUGAUUGGUUCAUUUGUGACUGGUAUGCUGUCGGACGCCUGGGGACGACAAAAGUGCCUGUUCUUCUGUAAUGCUAUAAUGGUACGUAAAGAAAUACGCAAUGCUCUGACAUUUGAACGCAGAAUUUAUUCGAUUCCUUUUUUCGCUGUUUUGACAAAAUUCAGGCAAAUUCGUAACGGUUUUAGUCGUACAUCUUCUGAAUGUUAGGGCAUACACUUUUUCCCAAGAUGUUUUACACAACAUGCCCAGCCUAGAUUAUAUAUCUUCUUUUCGCGUCGUCUUUCCAUCCCACUG